AUGACUAAUAUGGACACAGCUCUGACAAUGCUGAAGGAGGUUGUUGCAGACAAAGAGCGGACAAUUGAACAUUUAAAGGAGCAGCAGGACAGAGAUGAGCAAGAGAAGUUAGAAACGCCACAACUCACCCUGACUGAACUACAGAUUCUUCUCAAACAGAUGGGUACUUUGCCCUGUACCAUGCAUCAGAUUGAUGGAGUUAAGGAUGUUCUGCAGCAGGUGGAAACAUACCAAAUUGAGACCCGUGAGGCUCUAACUUCACUGCCUUAUAGUUUAGAAAUACUUCAGUCCCUGAUGGAAAAGGGUCAGCAGCUUCGUGUGGAAGUGCCUGAAGCUCAUCAACUUGAAGAGCUAUUGGAGCAGGCACAAUGGCUAGAUCAAGUGAAGCAGGCCCUGGCUCCCUCAGGCCAGAGGCACUCUCUGAUGAUCAUGAAGAAGCUUUUAGUUAUGGGAACCAAGGUAGCCUCCAGCCCUUCUGUGAAUAAAACUCGAGCAGAGCUACAAGAACUGCUGACUAUUGCAGAAUGUUGGGAGGAAAAGGCCCAUUUCUGCUUGGAAGCUAGCCAAAAGCAUUCUCCAGCCACUUUGGAAGUUAUAAUACGUGAGGCAGAAAAUAUUCCUGUCUACCUGCCUAACAUCCAGUCUCUGAAGGAAGCUCUGACUAAGGCACAGGCUUGGAUUGCUGAUGUGAAUGAAAUUCAAAAUGGUGAUCACUACCCCUGUUUGGAUGAUUUGGAGGGCCUUGUGGCUGUGGGUCGGGAUUUACCUGUGGAGCUAGAGGAACUGAGACAGCUGGAGAAUCAGGUACUGACAGCACAUUCCUGGAAAGAGAAAGCUUCUAAGACUUUUCUCAAGAAGAAUUCUUGCUACACACUGUUAGAGGUUCUCUGCCCAUGUGCACAUGCUGGUUCAGUCAACACCAAGCGCAGUCGGUGGAUUGAAAAGGAGAUGGGGUUAUACAAAUAUGACACAGAAUUGCUGGGGCUAUCUGCACAGGAUCUUAGGGAUCCAGGGUCUGUGAUCAUGACCUUUAAGGAAGGGGAAGAGAAAGAAAAAGAAGGUAUCUUGCAGUUGCGUCACAUCAACUCAGCCAAGCCCAGUCCAAUGUCCUCAUCGAUGAAUGCCUCUGCAACCUCCAUUUGUAUAUGUGGGCAGGUCCGUGCAGGAGUGGAAGCUCUUCGAUGUGAUCUCUGUCACGACUGGUUCCACGGACACUGUGUGACUGUACCCCGACUACUCAGCUCCCUAAGGGCCAGUCAUACUUCAUCUCAACUGCUAGCUUGGUGGGAAUGGGACACCAAAUUCCUGUGCCCACUGUGCAUGUGAUCAAGGCGUCCACGCCUGGAGAAUCUGGUAGGACUACAGAGACUAUCUGUAAGGCUGCCUGAGGGUGAAGCCCUACAGUGCCUCACAGAGAGAGCCAUUGGUUGGCAAGGCCGUGCCAGACAGGCUCUAGCUUCUGAUGAUGUGACUGCUUUGUUGAAACAGCUGGCAAAAUCUCGCCAACAACUACAGGUUGAAUUAAGACAUGAGAAGCCCCCUACCUCUCCUUCAGGCCUUGCCUCUGACUGUCUGACAGAGUAUAGUGUCAAGGAUACCCUUAAGGAAGAGGAGGAGUUGGUACUAAAUGAAGACAGGCCGAAAAGUUCUGAGAAGAUUGCUCCAAAGGAAAGUUCAUGUAAAAGAGAUGAGGAACUGCUUCCUUCGCUAUUAUCUCAAUUAACUGGUCCUAUACUGGAACUGCCUGAAGCCACCCGGGCCCCCCUAGAGGAGCUUAUGAUGGAAGGAGAUCUACUUGAAGUUACCCUAGAUGAGAACCACAGUAUUUGGCAGCUGCUGCAGGCUGGGCAGAAUCCCAAUCUAGAGAGGAUUCAUACACUUCUAGAGCUUGAGAAACCUGAGAACCCAGAGAACUGGUCAGAGGAACAGACACCAGAGAGGCGGCAGCGGCGGAGGCAAAAAGUGGUUAUGAAUAGAAAGGGUGAGGAUUUUGCUCAAAAAGAGCUAGAAUCAAAAAGAGCCAGGAGUUCAAGGAUUGAGCCUAAGAGAAAAAAGUUUCAAGAGCCAAUACAUGAGGAUAAUGUGCUCUUGACACACCAUACAGAAAAUACAAACAUCUUAAAAGAGCACAUGAACAGUGUAAAAAGAAAGGAUCCAAGCCCUUCAUCUUCUUUUCCUUCCUUAACACCUUUGCUACACCUGUCUUAUUUUCAUCAGCAAAAAUUAUAA